UACGGCGCGUUUCGCCAUCGCGUUCGGUCGCGUACGUGUCCUAUAAAGUUUCUUAUUACACUUUAAUAGUCUCGUAAAAAUUCAAAUUAAUCAUUAAACAAAUAAUUUACAUGUUUUGUCUCUUUGGAAAAUUAACAUCGUCACGUCCAUUUUUCUUUAUAACAUUUUUCACGUUUUAGUGAAAAAUUUCUAAUAAAUCGUACGUUGUUGUCCUCGAUAUUAUUAUAUCGAGAAUGAAUUGAGUUGGUCAUUUUUUUUCUUUGUUUUUUUUUUCCCUUUUUCUUUUUUCUUUUCUUUCGCACACACACACACACACACACACAUGUAUAUGUGUAUAUAUCUUAUAGUGCGUAAAGUGCGUGUGUAUAUUUUUUGUGUAUCUCUAUUCACUUCACGUUCGUACUGAAUAUUAAAAAAUAAUUUUUCGUUUUAUCUAUGGGUAUAAAUUUUCGAAAAUUUCGAGAAGAUUUUACGAUCGAUGAGACAGUGUUUCUGAAGGGAUACUGAAUUAUUACCGGAGAAAGAAAGUCGUGUAUUUUCUCUUCUUUUUAAGAUCGUUCUUUUUUUUUUUCUUUUUUAUAUAUAUAUUUUCUUCUCUUUUUUUUUUUUUUUUUUUUUGCUUUUGGUCUAGAAUCCAUCACAUUACACCGACACAUAAAUGUGCUACAGGUUAAUCGAGGGAAUCGCCGUUAUCAGAUGCAAACAUUCGCUUACGUGGCCAAACGUGUGAAUUUAUUUCUCUCGGCUAAUUCGACGAGAAGACUGAGAGUGAGAAUGGUACUCUCAAGUUUUGAUUAUUGGGAAAUUCAAAACGUGAGAAGUUGUGUACGAUCAUCGUUUGGAAGGAUAAAAAGUGAAAAAGAAAUUAAUGGAAUGAAUUUCGUCUAAUGCCUGGUUGUCCAUUAAUGGCAUAGAAGCACAUUCUCUUUUUACCCUCCAUUCAUAUUUCCUCUUUCAUCUUUAUUGAGAGGAGGGCGAGCCUAUCGAGUGAGCCCCUAUAAAGCACCCUCGACUCCAUCGUCUUUCAUCGUCAUCGUCACCGUCAUCGUCAUCGACGUCGACGUCGUCACCAUCGUCGUCACUAUCGUCGUUGAACAAAAGAGCUGCGUCAAGAACAGAAGGCUCAGCUUUGCUGAAUCGUUGCUCUCCUCACCUAAAAGAAACCUGACGAGAGCAUCCAUCGAUACUGCCCUCUUCGUUGUUACAUCGCUUUGUUCUCUUCCUUCUUUCAUCCUCAUCCAUCUCAACUUCCUUUUUAUUUCUUUCUAUACUCAAGAGGAAAGGGAUAAUUACACAUCGAAAAUCAAUUUCGUCCGGACACCAAACCCAACCGGAUUGAAUUUAUUGGCGAAACGAGCGAUUUUUCAGAUUGCUGCGUUUACACGGCAAGCGUGUCCCAUGAAGUCGACGGACGACGUUACGAGAGUAGUCGAGGAGUCGAGGUUCAUACCAAUCGACGCGAGACAAGGAGUUCGUUCGAUGGGCGAAAGGUGAAUAUUGAAGUGAAAGAGAAACGAAGAAACGAGAAAAAAGUGGAAGAGGAAGAGGAAGAAGAAGAGGAAGAAGAAGAAAAAAAAGAGGAAGAAGAAGAAGAAGAAGGAAGAAAAGGAGAGAGAAGAAGAAGAAAAUUCGACAAGAUGUAUAAAAUCUUACGUCGAGGUUCUGGACGUUUAUUCGUCUUAUGCGUUGUCGUACUAUCUCUCCUUCUCUGUCUUUAUUACGUGAAUCAGGCCCAAGCACCGUCCACCGCCUCGUCGGCGGCCAUUUUAAACGAGGAACUUCGAUACGAUCGAAGCUUGACAUCUAUCACACCGGAUUACAGCGAAGUACCAGAUUCUAGGAUAUCAUUGGCCACUUGUCCUGUCACGGAAUCACGACACGCUGACAUCGACGCACAGCGAGAAUUUGAGAAGUUCGAUUUCCAGCCAUCCUGGAUGCGAAGUCGAGAAUAUUGGGAUGAUAGUUUCGAGGCACGUUACGCUGAACUCAGGAAGGAUCCCACGAGGCCACCUUUGAAGGUUAUCUUGGUACCACAUAGUCAUACAGAUCCAGGAUGGCUGAAGACAUUCGAGCAAUAUUUCCACAGUUCGACGAGGAGUAUAUUAAACAACAUGGUCUCGAAAUUACAACAAUGGCCAAACAUGACGUUUAUCUGGAGCGAAGUGUCCUUUUUAUCACUUUGGUGGGACAGUGCUCAUCCUACGAAGAAGGCGGUCAUAAAGAGAUUGGUCAAGGAUGGACGUCUAGAAAUGACUACGGGAGGGUGGGUGAUGACGGACGAGGCAACUUCUCACAUUUAUGCUAUGUUGGAUCAAUUGAUCGAAGGACAUCAAUGGCUGAAGACGAAUCUAGAUGUGACCCCGGAAUCUGGUUGGUCCGUCGAUCCAUUCGGUCAUGGUGGAACGAUUCCUUAUUUCCUAAAAGCUUCUGGAGCAACUGGAACGGUAAUUCAAAGAAUACAUUACGCUUGGAAACAAUGGUUCGCGAAGAAACAGUACGGUGACUUCAUUUGGCUCCAACCAUGGGAUCAGAGUGGUAAUGCCGACAUGUUGACGCACAAUCAACCCUUCGACAUCUACAACAUCAAACAUUCUUGCGGACCGCAUCCACAUGUUUGUCUCAACUUCGAUUUUCGUAAGAUACGAGGCGAAUACACCGAAUAUUCUGUUAGAGCAGUUGAAAUCACACCGAACAACGUCAAACAAAUGGCCGAAUUACUUUUGGAGCAAUAUUCGAGAACUGGUUCUCUCUUCAAUCAUAAUGUCGUAUUGAUGCCUCUCGGAGAUGAUUUCAGGUACGAUCAUGCGAUUGAAUGGGACCAGCAGUAUACGAAUUACAAAAUCCUCAUGGAUUACAUAAACAGUCGCAAGGAAGAAUACAACGCCGAGGUAAUCUUUGGUACUCCAAAGGAUUACUUUCAAGAAAUUCAAAAACGCGUAGAAAAAUUCCCCAGCUUGAAGGGAGAUUUCUUCGUCUAUUCGGAUAUUUUCAGCGAGGGUAGACCAGCUUAUUGGAGCGGUUACUUUACAACAAGACCAUACAUGAAGAUUCUCGAUCGAGAAUUGGAAGCUAAUUUGAGAUCAGCCGAGAUACUUUAUACCAUAGCUUUGAACGUAGCGAAACAAUCGAAAAAGGACAUAAAACUUUACGAGACGUAUUUCGAGAAACUUGUGAAGGCCAGAAGAAAUCUUGGAUUAUUUCAACAUCACGACGCUAUCACGGGAACUUCGAAAUCAUUUGUAAUGAAGGAUUACGCGUUGAAACUGUUUGAAUCAAUCUCCGACACUACCAGCCUGCAGAGUUUCGCGAUUCAAUCGUUAGCCGCUACAACUAACAAACCAAACUCUGUCUACGUCCUGGCGGAAUCUGAUAGAGACAGCUAUGAAAAACUCCCAAAGAAGAUACCCAUCAAUAUGAAUGGCCAAGAGACACGAAAGAUCGUUCUAUUCAAUCCUCUUGCUCAACCAAGACAAGAGGUGAUCAGUCUAAAGGUUACCUCGUACAAGGUACGAGUGUUGGAUCCACAAAAGAACCCGAUACCUUAUCAGAUAGCACCGGUGAUGAACGCUACGAGCAUUACGCACGACGUUUACGUUCUCCUCUUCGUGGCUGAAUUGAAACCGCUUGCGAUAGCGACCUACCAUCUGCAACAAGUGGACAAGGUCCCUAUGGACGCAAUAUCUACGAUCUAUUGCAGUAGAUGCGGUAAGGACAAUGUUUUCACGAUAAAACCAAUGCAGAUCGGGGAUGUACAAUUGGAGAAUCAUAGAAUGAAAUUGCUCUUCGAUGGUCAAACCGGUUUUUUGAAACGUGUUGCGAAAAAAUCGACCGGUAAGAUAAUGCAAUGUGCCGUACAGUUUGCUGCUUAUCCAUCUGCACAAUUCCACAGUGGUGCUUACCUAUUCAUGCCGGAUCCGAAUCUACGUGAUACGGACAAGGACGUAUUGGAGGCUUAUACGCCGCAUCAAAAGAUUUAUAUCGUCAGUGGCAGUCUAAGUUCACGUUUGACGGUCGAAUAUGGUAAAUUAUUGACUCAUCAUGUAGCGAUAUAUCACAGAGAUGGUGGCUUGGGCGAAGCAAUAUAUCUCAGAAACAUCGUCGACUUUGAGACACCACCGAAGAAUCGUGAAACCGAGAUGUUUAUGAGACUUCAAACUGAUAUAAUGAACGGUGAACCACCUGAGAUUUAUACCGAUUUGAAUGGGCAUCAAAUGAUAAAGAGAAGGAAAAUAGAGAGAAUUGGUAUAGAGGGUAAUUAUUACCCUAUAACGACGAUGGCUUAUAUCGAGGACACCAAUCACAGAUUGACUCUAUUGGUUAACCAUUGUCAAGGUGCAUCCAGUUAUCAGCCAGGAUGGCUCGAGGUUAUGUUGGAUAGAAGGACACUCUAUGAUGACUCUAGAGGGAUGGGUGAGGGCCUUUUGGACAAUAGAAGAACUGUAAUAAAGCAUUGGUUGUUACUCGAGGAUGUUGUGGGUGCUAGGGAUAAGUACUCGAAGCCAUCUCUGUUUGCCAAUCAUCUUAGCAAUGCCUUGAACUAUCCUGUAAAUAUCUUUGUAGUCGAUGGUACCGAAUCAGAGAUCGUCAUGACGCCAGAAGUUAGGCUUCUUAGCCAGAGUUUCCCUUGUGAUCUUCACUUACUCAACUUCAGGACAAAUCAUGAUCAAAAACUACCACAUUUUCCAGUUAAUAACGCUCUUAUGGUUUUGCACAGACAAGGUUACAGCUGUUCGGUUGGCGCUGACAUAACCCUAAAACAUUGUCCUUUGAGCGAUCGAUUAUCGCAAAGCACGACGUUCUUCAAGUUGUCUAAAUUGAACGUCACGAAAACAUCUCUGACAGGUACAAAAACAAAACGUCAUUUGACGGACGGUCUUCAAGAAAUUGGAUUGGAGCCAAUGGAGGUUGAAACGUUCAAUGUUAAUUUCCUUCAAUGAUCUUAAGCCUCCCUCUCGGUUCAAUAUAUGAAAAUGGUCAUAUCAUAUUUUGUUAGAACCGAGGAAGGAUUUUAAAGAAUUGGUCUCUUGUUUUUUUUCUUUUUUUGUUUUUUUUUCUUAUUUCUUUUUUUCAAAGAGAACACUGCCGAUCAUUCGUUACUGGCUAAUAUCAUUCGUCCAAUCGACGAAGAUUUUUGUAAAUAUAACCUUAUUACGCACCAAAUAUUCGUCAUUUGCGAAUUAAAAACGUGCGCCUUAAUGAAUACGAUCAAUCGAACGUUGUUUUCCAAUCGAUCUAAUACAUUUUCGGAUAGAAAUAAAAUAUUCAUACAUUAUUCGAGAGUCAACACCAAUUAUGUUUCUUCCGCAAAUGUACCUUGAUCGAUUUAGCGAUUGUUCAAAUUUAUUCGAACGGGAGAUCGUUUGUUGAAAACGGAUUUAAUGUUUUCGAUAUUAUAAAUCAAUAUCAAAUUUAAUGAUAACGAAUUUAACAACACCUUUUCGAUACACCUUCAAAACUUUUACGUUGUACUUAUAGAUUUUUAAUUUUUAUUUCAAAAAAAAGAAGAAGAAAAAAGAAAAUUUGGUCGGUCUAUUGUCGCUCGAAGAUAUAAAGAACUCUACCUUAUCGAUAAAUCUAAAAAGAUACGGAUAAUAGAAUAAAAUUCGAAGGAACAUUUUCAAACGAUUGACAAUAUUUAUUUAUUUUAUCUUGCAUUUUCAUUGCCGAAGAGAACAUGGAUGAUCCUGAGUAAAAAAAGAAGAAAAAAGAAACAAAGAAAAGAAAAGAAAAGAAAAAAAAGUAAAGAGAGAAAGGGGAAGUGGCGAGAAGAGAAAGUAUACUGACUUUAAAUAUGACGUAUACGUUUUCGACGAGUUUCUUUAACUUUUUAUCGAAGUCAAUACGUAAGAUUCUCAUCAAUCGUAAAAUUGGGAAUGUCGAUAAAUACAAAAAAGAAUCGUCGGGAAACGAAAAAUAUAGAGACAUUGUACAUAUCAAGCCAUAAACUUUACCGUAGAUCGUAUAUUACGAUAAGAAAAUAAUGUAAAUGAUAUGCACCUAUUUUCUUAUGCCAAACGUUUUAUCGCCAACUCUGUCCCUUUCUCUCUAUUGCGCUCGCGUGCGGUUUUUUGUUUCUCUCUCUCUCUCUCUCUCUCUCUCUCUCUCUCUCUCUCUCUCUCUCUCUCUCUCUCUUUCUCUCUCUCUCUCUCUCUCUUUCUCUAUCUAUCUCUCGUCGAAAAAAUAAUCUCCUGACUAUGUCGAAUCGAAUGUUCUUCCGAAAAAUAUAGUACGCACAUAUGUAUAUACAAACAUACAUAUGUACGUACUUCUUUCAAAUGUGAUACAUGUUAUUUCUCGAUUUUUUAGUUCAUUGAUAUUUCGACAAAAAAAAGAGAAAAACACCCCGAACAAUUCGAAACCGAAAUUUGAUUUCUGGCAAAAAAGAAAAAAGAAAAUAUAUAUAUAUACACAUAUUUGAAUGAUCUCCAUAUAUAUGUAUAUAUAUAUAUAUCUGUAGAUCAUUCAAAUUUUACAUAGAAAAAGAAUUUCUAAUUGGAAUGUACUCAAUUAGAGCGUUUUGAAAUUCUUCCAAUGUUAAACCUCAAAAUGAAUUCAAUUGAAUUCAAUUGAAUUCAAUGAAGUGAUUAAGCAGAUAUGACGUUACUUUUAUAUAUAUAUGUAUAUUCUUUUGUUUUUUUUUUUUUAUUUUUUAUUUUUUAAAAAGAUAUAAACGAAAAAUCGAAUGUAGCCGACGUUCACCGAUCAUCGACGACGAAGCUCAUGUAAAUAUUAGAAUAAUUAACAAUAACGUCGUACAUUUCUGGUGAAUUUAACGUCGAGCUAAUUGAAAUCGAAAUUGAAAUUAUCGAUUGUAAAGAAUAUCUUUCUAUUACUUUUAUAUAUAUUUAAAAAUGAUUUAAAAAACAUUUUUGAUGAUUUUAUUCCUUUUUCUUUUUAUUCAUUAUAACGUCAUUAAGCAAAGAUCAACUUCGCGAACGUCUUCGACAAGUGCUUUUAAGUACAAUCCGAAUAGCAAAGAAAUAAAUAUUCAAAUCUCGAUGAAAUUUCUUCCACUUUACGGUGCGAUAUGUUGAACUUAAAAGAAAAAAAAAAAAAGAAAAAUGCAGUGUUCU